AUCAUUAAAAUAAUAAAAAUUAACAGAAUAGUAGCGAAAAUGAAGAUUUCGCUAAUUUUAUUACGAAAUUUGGAAUUUUUACUACGGUAAAGAUUGGCCAUAGAUGUAAGAACGCAUGUGGCAGCAGCCAUCUUGGCUUGACGCGUUUGUCAUUUUCGUGUUUGGUCUCGGGACGGCUGCUCCAUUCUGUGUUCUUCGGUUUUAGAUGCCCAAAGUCGGCUUCCCAUGACAAUAUACGGAUAGACCGCGGCAUCUUCAUCUCAAUCAACUCAAAUGAAAAGACAAUUCAAAAAUGGUGGGAAAAAAAAGUGCGGGAAUGUGUAUUGUGCCGGACUGUCUGAGCGCGUAUUACCCUGGAUGCGGGAUACGGUUUCACGCAUUCCCACCAGAUCGUAAAAAAAGAGAUCAUUGGCUAGAAAGCCUGAAUUUAACUCCGAAAGAUUACCAAAAUGGAGCGAAGGUGUGUUACCGACACUUCAAAACCUCGGAUUACUCGCACAACAACCCUCGACAGGCGCUGAAGAAGAAUGCAGUUCCAGCCCUAAAGGUAGAACCUGCGUCUGAUGCGGAAAGUCUCGACAUAGAUACUGCUCUGGAAAAGCUCAACGAAGUGACAUCAUCAGAAAGUGACGGUGGUGGUGACAUUGAUGAUUAUAUAUCUGCAGAAGAAUUAAGUAUACCAUCUUCUGACGAUGAGCCGCCGAAGCCAGCUAAAAAGAGGAAGAAAACUGCCAUAAAAAAGAAUCAAGACGCAAAGGUUAAGAAAGAAGUUAAAAAGAAUGCUAAGGUUCCGAAGGCUGUUAAGAUAUCUGAAGAAGAUUUGAAUACACACUUAGGGCUUCAGGUGUGUCGUAUUUGCUUGGUCACCGGCUGUAAAAUGUUCUCGAUGUCACAUUACAACCUGGAAAAUACCUAUCUCCUGCUGACUGGAAUCACGGCGGAAAUGUUUGACUCCUCCAAGAUGCCUCAAAUGCUCUGCUACGAGUGUCUCCAAAGACUCCUGAACUUCAUAGAGUUUAGUACUAAGAGCCUUACCUCGUGGACGUGCCUUAUGGAGCUCAUUGAAGGAGAUAUCCUAACAAUGGACACCAUAAAGAAUAUCAACCGGAAACAACACCUACUCGAAACAAAACUGGCUCUAACCGUAUUCGAACCCAACCACUUCGACCUGCAAGUGGAAGAAUACGAGGAAGAAAUCGGCGACCAAAAACUAGAAGACAUAGACAAAGAAAUGUUAGAAGACACCAUAGACAAAGAAAUAGAUGAAACUAUAGACAAAGAAAUAGAUGAAACUAUAGACAAAGAAAUACUAUACCUAGAAGACGGCACCAUAGUCGAAACAGAAUACCAAGAUGGCGAAACCAAAGACAAAUCAGCGAGCGAAGAUGAUGACGACCUCGCAAAACACGAAUCCGACUUUGGUUUGCAAAAUUCUGACGACGAAAACGAUAUUGAUAAAAAUUACGAUUACAGUGUAAGAAAAACUAAUAUAGUAACGCAAUACGCGAAAGAGUUUAACGAAAUGUUUGAAGUUAUUAAAAUGACAGAAGAAGACGCGAGAGAUGAGAUUAAUAAAAGGAAGUUUACUGAUCAUUAUCAUAAUGCUGCGUUUAAGUGCGAACAGUGCUUUCGGGCGUUCCAGCUUGAAGGCCCGUAUUGGCAGCACAUGAGACUUCACAGCAAAGACUACGGCCCAUACAAGUGCGACAUUUGCAAGAUGCACUUCGAAACUUUCAAUUCUCUUAAAAAACAUAAGAUGUCCAAACACGCGAGGUUCAUGAAAUGCCGGCUGUGUCCGUUCACCACGACCUUCAGUUCGGCCGCGGCCGCCCACAAGCACUUCCACGAGGGCCGCCGAUACCAGUGCGAGCAUUGUCCCAAGCACUUCACGAGCGUAGCAACAUUCAUUAACCACCGGCAGCGUUGGCACCCUGAAGAUGUUGUGUGCCAUCUAUGUGGAGAGUCAUUCCCCGGCAUCCGUCGGCUGCAGACGCACUUUAGGUUCCACCACAAGACGGAGGAACUGAUGAUCAAAAUGAAAAAAAGGAAGUCAAAAACGAAGAACAUCAGAUCGAUGGCGACCAGAACUAAAUACACACACGUCAGCUACCUCACUACGUUGCCAGAAGACAGCCCGUACUGUGCAACGUGCGACAUGCGCUUCUUAACCACCGAAGCGCUUCGGAAGCAUGUAUCCGUGUCUNACUGUAUUUCGAUAGGGCUGUUUUAA